AGUGUUAUUGUGGAAGGGGAGAAAAGAGAUGUGUACUGCUUUUCUGGGGUCAGCUUGUGAGUUGGCAUUACCUAGUCUGGCCUAAGGAUUAUACCCUUGCAAUGCCAGGCAUCUUCAUUUAUCUAGAACCCUGCUGUCAGGUGUCAACAUUAAGGAAAUGAAAGAACAGACAAAGAAACCAAAAGCAUUGGAAAGGUGACUUGUACACAUUUACAAUGGAUCCAAUAUCAUUUAUUGCGCCCAUGCAGCCAUCAUCCAAUGAUGAUGUCCUUGAGUACAAACUUCAGCUCAUUGGCUCUUUGACUCUACAUGCCUUCACUACAAUGCCUAUGUUACCUUGGGUGGUGGCAGAGAUCAAGAGAAAGAGCCUAUCAAGAUCCAAAGAGCCGCAGUCUGUCCGACCUGUUCGGCUAUAUGUAUCGGCCUUGUGUAUCUGCUGUGAGCCAGAUCCAGGAGAGAGCCACCAAUGGGAUCCUUUAAUUUGCUCAAGUAUCUUUGAGUACAAGCCGCAGUCUCUCCAGAAACUGAUACACAAUAGCCAGGACCCCAGUUAUUUUGCCUGUCUUCUAAAAGAAGAGGAUAAGACACCUCAACGAAGCACAUGCUAUGUCUUCCGAUCUGCUGCCCAAUCCAAAGUGCCUGAAAUAAUUGGCUCCAUUAGACAAGCUGGAAAGUUGGCCCGUCAGGAGGAAGUCCAUUCCCAUUUAUGUGAUGGAGAUGACGCCUUUUCGAAAAAGUUUGAAGUCCUCUUCUGUGGCCGGGUGAUUGUCGCUCACAAAAAAGCCCCACCGGCACUGAUAGAUGAAUGUAUUGACAAAUUCAACCAUGUCAGUUGUACCAAAAAGAAAGAGACUGAUUGUACAUCUCCAGUGACUCCAGUGACACUGCUGGCAGAUGUUGGCACUGGAAUAUCCUUUGGGGACAAACUACGGUCUGUUUUUCAAUCAACGUUUAAUGAUGAGGAAAAACAAAAACCUAUUCGUAAAUCUUACUCCCAGCCUGGCCUGAGGACUAACCACUCAUUUCAGAGGGACUGGAAAGAUGGCCCCUGCAGCCUUCCUGGAUCCUUUGAGGACGGUGACAGUGCUUUGGAUUUACAAUACUUGAGUGAAGAAUAUAACUGUGUCCAACCAACCGACAUGGAGGAAAACCAGACUAUGCUGUUCACAAUCGGUCAGUCGGAGGUUUACUUGAUCAGCCCGGACACAAAGAGGAUUGUUUUUGAAAAGAGCUUUAAAGAGAUAUCCUUUUGUUCUCAGGGAAUACAACACGUGGAUCACUUUGGUUUCAUCUGCAGAGAGCCUAUAAAAAAUGGCGGUUGUCACUUCGUGUGCUAUGUGUUUCAAUGCACAAAUGAAGCAUUGGUAGAUGAGAUUAUGUUGACUCUGAAGCAAGCAUUCAGUGUAGCUGCUGUGCACCAGACCUCGAAGAUGCCAACACUGCUGUGUGAUGGAUGCCCCAUGCAAUGCAUGCACAAACUGUGUGAGAAGAUAGAAGGUCUGCCGCCAUCUAAAACCAAACUUGAAUUACAAAAGCACAUUACAACAUUAAAUAACCAGGAGCAGGCCUCUGUGUUUGAAGAAAUACAGAAAAUUCGCCCCAGAUCAGAGCAGAAGGAGAAUGAGCUGAUCAUAUCUCGGCUGCGGUGUCUGUACGAGGAAAAACAGAGGGAUCAUGUUCACAUUGUGGAGUCAAAGCAGAACUCCCAGAAUGCAGCCAACCCCCUGAGCGAGCUUCAGAGCAGUGCGUCCCGCUUCAAACUGGAGCUGCUGAAGAGCAAAGCAAAGAGAUCACUGACAGAAUCACUAGACAGUAUUCUAUCCAUGGGUAAUAAAAGCAGAUGCCAGCAGGACAGCUCCAGAAGUAUGGACUAUGAAAGCGCUCUAUGCACUCCUCUGGAAUACAGUAGUAAGGAGUCUUCCGUGUGCGAGAUGGAGGCAGCACUGUCUCCUGAAAUGCCUCUAAAGGCGCAUGGUUCCCUGGGUGACCUACCCAAAGCAGCGGAGAGCUUCCCAUCUGAUCAUCCUGGAGAAUUAUGUCAUCAAGGAUUCCGACGCCGAGCUAACACGUUAAGUCACUUUCCUGUCACAGCUCAGGAUUUUCCAGAGCCCGUGCAAAAAACCCCAUCUGUUCCACAGAGGAAGCUCAUGCGACAUCACUCUGUGAGCACAGAGACUCCGCAUAAAAGAAAUUCCAGCACAGACCCAGGCGUGCCUGAGAGCAGUACAGCACCGUGUGAGCAAGCUGCUGUGCCUUCUCCUCCUACCACUGCAACCUCGUCCCCCCUAAUCCUCAGGAAGCUGAGGCACAGCUCUGGUGGCGAGCCCUUGGCAGCGGGCACACAGAAGAGCCUUUUCUACCGUUCUUCCUCUCUACGCAAGAAACUUCAGUCUUCCUCCUCUGUGCCAAAUUUCCUAAAGUUUCUGGCUCCUGUAGCAGAAAAUAGCACCUCUGACUUUGAGAAAAAACGUGACUUUGACUGCACAUCUAUCAAUAGCGACGUGGAAGCUAGAAGCCCUGUAAGAACGCGGCGACAUUCUUGGAGGCAGCAGAUUUUCCUACGCGUUGCCACACCUCAGAAGGGAUGUGAUUCUCCAAACAGAUUUGAUGAACGGUCGGAAUGGGGAGAUAUACCACCAAGAUCUCCUUUGCAGCCUGUUCGUGAAAAUUACCCAUUUGUUCCAGUAGAGACAGCCAGGCACCGAUCACCAGCGGACCUCCGAGAGCUUUGGAAGAAAGCCAUCUUACAACAGAUCCUGCUUCUGAGAAUGGAAAAAGAAAACCAAAAACUGCUAGCUUCAGAAAAUGACUUGCAAAAUAAACGGCUGAAGCUUGAUUAUGAAGAGAUCACUCCCUGUCUAAAAGAUGUAACUGUUGUAUGGGAGAAGAUGCUCGGCACACCUGGAAGAGCAAAAAUAAAGACCGAUAUGGAAAAAAUUCAUGGUGCUGUUGGACAAGGAGUACCUAGACCUCACCGUGGAGAAAUAUGGAUGUUUUUAACAGAGCAGCAUCAGCUGAGACACCAAGUCCCCAAUAAAAGCCACUUAAAAGAUAUUCCCUACAAAGAAUUGCUGAAGCAACUGACCACACAGCAACAUGCAAUACUUAUCGAUCUAGGACGCACCUUCCCGACACACCCAUACUUCUCAGCCCAGCUGGGAGCAGGACAGCUGUCACUGUACAACAUUCUGAAGGCCUAUUCCUUGCUGGAUCCUGAAGUGGGUUACUGCCAAGGACUCAGCUUUGUUGCCGGAGUAGUGCUCCUCCACAUGAGCGAAGAGGAUGCCUUUAAAUUGUUGAAGUUCCUCAUGUAUGAUGUUGGCCUGAGAAAGCAGUACCGGCCUGAUAUGGUUACUCUACAGAUCCAGAUGUACCAGCUGUCUCGCCUUCUCCAUGACUAUCACAGAGAUCUGUACAACCACCUGGAGGAAUUUGAGAUCGGCCCGAGCCUCUAUGCUGCCCCUUGGUUCCUCACCAUGUUUGCUUCCCAGUUCCCCUUGGGUUUUGUGGCCAGAGUGUUUGAUCUGAUUUUUCUCCAGGGAUCAGAAGUUAUAUUUAAAGUAGCUCUAAGUUUGCUGGGGAGUCAUAAACCCCUAAUAUUACAGCAAGAAAACCUUGAAUCCAUUGUAGAAUUCAUAAAGAACACUCUUCCGAACCUGGGGUUGGUUCAGAUGGAGAAGACCAUAAACCAGGUGUUUGAAAUGAACAUUUCAAAGCAGCUGCAAGACUAUGAGGUGGAAUAUCAUGUUCUGCAAGACGAACUAAUAGACUCAUCACCGCUCAGUGACAAUCAGAGAAUAAAUAAGUUAGAAAAGGCAAAUAAUGGCUUGCGCAAACAAAACUUUGACCUUCUGGAGGAGUUGCAGGUAUCUAAAGGAAGAAUCCAAAGUCUGGAAUCCACAGUUGACAAUCUUCAAAGCAAUGAGGCCAAAUUAAAGCAGGCGCUCUACACGUUGGAACUGGAGAGAUCAGCCAUGUUAACCACAAUAGAAGAACUGAAAAAACAGAUCAUGGUCUACCAGGAGAACGGUGUUCAGUUCGAGCAGAAAGCCUGAGAACAUUGCUAGUACUGAAUGGGAGUGAUACCAGCAGUGUUUGGGCCGUGUCCCUUCUGUUCACUGUGCAUUCACCUUCUUUAUAGAGCUUGAGUGGAGCAUCUCGUGUCUCAGGAAAGACUCCUCUUCUUUUGAAUGUCAAUGUUCACACUAUUGUCAACUUUUAUCUUCAUUCCUACAAGUGGCAACUUCCAUAUUGCUUUAAAAUAUCUUUCUAAAGACAACCUAACACUUGGAAGAUGAUUAUAUAGAGAGAAAAAAAAUAGUCCAUAAGGGUUUAGAAAGAAAGAAGCAAAAUGUGAGGUGUACCUCUGUAAAGGAAGCCAUUUCGUAGACUUAAAAACAUUCAACCUACCAAGUCACCUGAAUCUAGUGAUCUCAUAUAUAGUCUUUUUUUAAAUGACAUCAAUGCAAAGUAGAGUGAUGUGCUAAACAGUAUAUAAAGGAAACUUAUACUGAGGUAAAAUAUGGUAAUUGUACUUUUUGACCUUAUGAAAAUGCUAGUAGCUUGGCUGUCUCGAGUUUUAAUAUCUUGAGCCACUGUCCUUGCACAAGCAUUCAACUGCGUAAAAUCAGAACUGAUGGUCUGCAUAUUUUUUCAGACUCUGAAGGUAUUAAAACUACUGAAUGCGACGGGCAGAUCAUUUGAAUUUUUUAGGAAAGGUCACCAAUGUCGGCCUAUUUAUUUUGCCAUGUCCAGGUUUCCUUUUAGUGAUUAGUCAGCAAGGUAACAAAGGGUAGUUGAUUGACUGCACCUCUGUCUUUGCAUCUUUUUUUUAAAGCUUCUAUGAUGUCACAAGUUACUGUGAUCUAAUAGGCUGCUGUCUCCUCGGUAAGAUUUCCUCACCUUAUGCACCUCAUUUAUCAAAGUGUUUUAAUUUUUUACACUUUUAUUUUUAAUUCACCUUUAUAUAUUUUUUAAGUAUUUAGGUAAGGAACUAUGCAGCAACUACUGAUUAUUUUGUUAAUGUGUAAACUUGCUGCUUAAGCUGAAGGAUGUAUGAAAGACUGAAUGUCUUUUGUUAGUAACAAAACAUCUUUCAUUGCCAUUUUAUGUAUAGCUUCCCUGAUAAAUGUGCAGAUAUUGCAGCCCUAAAGUGGAGCGAAACAAUGUGAGGUCCGAGUAUUUGCAUUUUAUUUUUUAUUGAACUACAUAUUUAUAACUAUAUAUUAAUAGUUUUUUUACAAAUACAAUGUAUUUUUAAACCUUUAAUGGCUGCUGUGCUUUUGACCUAAUGUAAAAAUAUGUGUGGACUCCAUCAUCCAUAAAGAUUAUUUUAUGAAUGGCUUUAA